AUGCCGGGGCUUUUGGGAAGUUUAAGAUUGCUCAGGACACCUGUGGGUUUUAGGAACAUCACAUAUCUGCACAGCGGAAACCGGGUCCGAGGUUUGAAAAGAGACCCUAGCGAGUUCUUGAGACUACCCAGCGGGCUGCUGUAUACGGAAGUGGAGCCGCACAAGUACCAAGAGACAGUGCGUUCCCAAUUGAACCUGGAGAAACAUGGCGUGGCGCUCUCUAACGAAUUGAUCUUACAGUGUCUUACACACAAAUCUUUUGCUCAUGGAUCCAAGCCCUACAACGAGAAGUUGGCGCUGUUGGGUUCACAGUAUCUCAAGUAUCAUGCGUCAGUGCACUCGCUGAAAGAUAGUGCGACGCCUUUGGUGGCGUCCGCUGGCACGCAACAGAACCAAAAACCCAUCAACGGGCUUAAUUUUACCAACUUGGGAUCACAGGUAUCCAAGCUGCUUAUCGCCAAGAAAACCACUGCUCAAGUUAUCAAGGAAAGACAACUGGACUCCUUGAUUUUUUGGAAGAAGAGAGACCCGCUACAAAACUCCACCUAUAACGGCGAAACCGCGGUAUUGGCCAGCGUCCUGAACGCGUUGGUGGGGGGGAUACUUAUAACGAAUGGGCCAGAAAAGACAUCCCACUACAUCGAGAAUGAAUUUCUCAACCCAUCCAAUGAAGCAUCGCUGGUACGCAUUGCUAACUCUAUGGUAUAA